AUGAUUAAAGACACGAAGUACUAUGAUAUUUUAGGCGUUGAGCCAACGGCAACAGACGUAGAAUUGAAAAAGGCAUACAGGAAGCAAGCUAUUAAGUGUCACCCAGAUAAAAAUGGUAAUGACCCUGAUGCAGCAGCCAAGUUUCAAGAAUUAGGUGAAGCAUACGGUAUUUUGCAAGAUAAGGAAAAAAGGGCACUCUACGAUGAAAUGGGUGUUGAAGGUAUGCAAAGUAAUAAUGUUGCAGGCGAAGCAGAUAUCGACCCAGCUGAAUUCUUCAGUAUGAUUUUCGGAGGUGAAGUUUUCAAAGACUGGAUUGGUGAAUUAUCGAUGUUGAACGAAGUAUCUAAGACUGCGGAUAUUUUAGGCGACGAAGAAGGGACUGAGCUGGAAUCACAGACUGCGGAUUCAACCACUGCUACAAGUGAAGUAGCAACACAAUCUGAAAGCGCUUCAGACGUAACCAAGACCAAUGAAGAAAAGGAUGAUAUUUUAUCUACUGAGGCUAUUAAUAAGAAAAAGAAGCAAAAGAUGACCCAACAUCAAAGAGAAGAAAUUUUGAAGCUUCAUGAGGAAACCAAAAAGGCCCAAGAAGAACGUGUAAGAGUCUUGUCAGAGAACUUAUUAUCCAGAAUCGAACAAUAUACAUCUGCCUCUACCAACCAAGAUUCUUUAGAUCGUUUCAAGACGAAGUUGAACGAAGAAUUAGAGGACUUGAAAAUUGAAAGUUUCGGUAUAGAAUUAUUACACUUAAUUGGUAAGAUUUACACAAACCAAGCUCAUGCUACUAUUAAUUCCUGUAAGACCUUCGGUGUGUCCAAAAUCUUUUCGUCGGUCAAAUCGAAAACUAACAGCUUCAAGAAUGGAUUCUCUAUUUUAAAGACAGCUUUAGAUGCCCAAGCUUCUGUCGAGGCAAUGGUUAGAGAGCAAGAAGAUAUACAAGAGGCUAUCGAAAAAGGUGAAGAAUUGUCUGACUCCCAAAAGCAUAGACAAGUUGAAAUGGAAAGAUUAAUCACUGGUAAGGUUUUGGCAGCCGCUUGGGCUUCUACUAAGUUCGAAGUCACCGGUAUUUUGAAUAAGGUCUGUACUAGAGUCUUAAAUGAUAAAUCACUCGGCAAGAAGGUCAGAAUCUCCAGAUCCCAGGCCGUUCUUUACAUUGGUGAAACUAUGUUGAAGGUCCAAAGAUCACCCGAAGAAGCCGAAGAUGCUAGAAUCUUUGAAGAGAUGAUGGCAGACGCUACCGCUAAGAAAUCAACUAAAAGAAACAAAAAAUCUAAAGUAAGUGAUAGAGAUAUUGAAGAAUUCAUGACAAACGUUAAUGAAGUCCAUGAAGUGAAUGAACCCGAAGACAUUAAAUGA